CGCGAUCCCUAUCUAGCUACGAUUCCCUUCAUCAUCACCCUGCCCCUAAAUCAGAGAAGACCACUCACGGCGUCACCGCUCACGGCGUCACCGCUCACGGCGUCACCGCUCACGGCGUCACCGCUCACGGCGUCACCACUCACGGCGUCACCAUCUCCACCACUCACCUUCAUCACUCACCACUCACCACUCACCACUCACCACGCCAUCUCCACCACUCACCUUCAUCACUCACCACUCACCACUCACCACUCACCACGCCGCCACUCAUCUUCAACGCCGGUUCUCUUCACUGGGCAUUGACAUCAGGAAGACUCUUCGCUCGACUGAAAGCCUGUCUUUAUUCGCUCACCAUCGUCAAGGAGGAGAACUCAUAAUUUGCGGGUUUCAUUCUGUUAUUGUUGCAGCACAGCAGAACUCGUGAAUUUGGGAUUGUUGCGGUGCAGGAGAACUCGUGAAUUUGGGAUUGGGGUUUCAUUCCGUUUAUGCAGAUUGAAGUUUUGGUUAAAGCUCCCAAGUGGAUUUUGUCAAAACGUUGAUCGUGUCAUGGCAAGGUUUUGUGAUAUGCCGAAGGAUUGGAUGGAUCUACUGAGGUAUAGUGAAGAGAAUAUCAAUGGUGUUAUUAGUUUCUUAGACUUUGCAUACUCUGAGGGAGAACCAGAAGGACAACAAAUUCAAUGUCCUUGUAAGAGGUGUUGUAACAUUGAGUGGUAUAGAAGAGAUGUGGUAUUUGACCAUUUAGUCGCUGACGGAUUUGUUAAGGGAUAUAAAACAUGGAUUAAUCACGGGGAAUGGACAAUCCCAAUGGUGGUUGAUGAUGACACGGACGAUGAAGAAGGUGCAUGAGUACGAGUGGCUCUGCGCGUGACAAAGGAAACAAGUAACGAACCAAAAUGGUUUGAAAUGUUCAUUGCUACUCGAACAAGUCGGAAAAGGAAGGAAGUUGAUCAGGAAACACAAGAUGCAAUUGAAGACUUCCAAAAUUGGCAAGCUGCUGGUGAAACAGAUGAGGAAGCUUUUGAAUCUUUAUUUGGAAAAGACCUACCAGGUCGGGUUAGGUGCUAUGGAAGAUCUGUUACACGAAGUGAUUUAAAAAAGCAUGCAGAAAUUUCUGAACUCAAGCAACAGCACCAAGAGCAAGUCACAUCUUUGAAAGCUGAACUUGGAGACAUGAAGGCCAAACAACAGCACCAAGAUUCCAAACAGCAACAUCAAGAGGUUGAGCUUCAUGGAUUGCGAAACAUGAUUAAGUUACUAGUUCAGCGAUCUAAACCUGGAAUGAGGCUGGAAGAAAUUGAGGCUUUGUUACAAAACACCCAACACUCUCCAAUUGAUGCAAAUAGCGCUCAUGGAUCAACUCAUAUUCCAAACAUAGAUAUGGCUAAUUCUGAAGAUGUGAGUGAAGAUUGAGAUGCCUAUCAUGAUGGUUUAUUAGCAAAGAUGGAGCUAGUGUUGAAAAUUGAAAGAUGUAUGGUUGAUGAUGAUGUCUUUUAUUAGAAGAUACAUUUGAAUGAUAUAAUAUUUUGGUUUUUUCUAGUUUAUUAGUAGUAAACUCUAAGUGUGUGGUUUCAUGCAUAUUUUGAUUUAUAUGAGUAUACUUAUUCUAGUGUGAGAUGUAUGAAUACUUAAAAUUAAGAUCAUCUCAAUAUUAUAUAUUCAUUAUAUAAAUAUAUUUUGUUUCAGGAUAA